AUGGCCCCCCCUAACGUCGAUAGCAUGUUCACGCUGAAGGUGGACAACGUUCCCUUUCAGAUUGGGAGCGACGAGCUACGCGACCUCUUUUCUAAGUUUGGUGAAAUAGGAGAUGUGUACAUUCCACGAGCUCGAGGCUCGAAUGAGUCGCGUGGCUUUGCCUUUGUGCGCUUUUUAGAGAAACGCGAUGCUGAAGACGCAAUAGACGGCAUGGAGGGCCUAGAUUUUCAAGGCCGCGACUUGCGAGUGCAAUUCGCCAAGCAGCGCCGGCCCGAUAAUCCUCGGGAAUUUUAUGCGCGUAGCGGAGGCGGCGGUGAUCGCUACGGUGGAGAUCGAUACAGAGGAGGAGGAGACCGCUACGGAGAGCGUAGAUUUGAUCGUCGCGAUGACCGACGCUACGACGACCGCCGGGAUGACCGUUCGCGUCGCCGCUCGCGCUCUCGCUCACCAGACCAUCGUGACCGUACGGACCGCGACCGUGGGAAUCCUCGUCGCGAACGCAGUCGAUCGCCCCAUCCUCGUAGCCGCUCGCCUCGUCGUAGCUCCUCACCUCCACCGCGGCGUGAUUAG